CGAGGGGCGCGGGGUCCUCGACUCGGCUGUUGUCUUCCAGACCCGCCCGCCGCCGCCGCCUCCCUCUCCGCCCCGCCCGCCACCGCGAUGGAGGCCCUCCACGAGGAGAUGGCCUUCGACCUCGACUUCCACCCGUCGUCCCCCCUCGUCGCCACCUCUCUCAUCACCGGCGAGCUCCACCUGUUUCGCUACGCCCCCGAGUCGCAGCCUGAGAGGCUAUUUACGGUAAAAGCUCAUAAGGAGUCAUGUAGAGCUGUUCGAUUUGUGGAUUCAGGAAAAGUGAUUUUGUCGGGAUCUGCCGAUUGCUCAAUUCUUGCCUCCGAUGUAGAAACAGGCAAGGCCAUUGCCCGCUUGGAGGAUGCACAUGAGAAUGGCAUUAACCGCCUUGUAUGUCUUACUGAAACUAUGGUAGCCACAGGUGAUGAUGAAGGUUGCAUUAAGGUAUGGGAUACACGGGAGCACUCUUGCUGUAACACCUUUGAUACCCAUGAAGAUUACAUAUCAGAUAUGACCUAUGUGUCAGAUACAAAUCAAAUAUUGGCCACAAGCGGCGAUGGGACUUUGUCUGUCAACAAUCUUCGUAGGAAUAAAGUAAAGUUCCAAUCUGAAUUUUCAGAAGACGAAUUGCUAUCUUUGGUGGUAAUGAAGAAUGGUAAAAAAGUUGUUUGUGGAACUCCAAGUGGAGCUCUGUUGUUAUAUUCGUGGGGAUACUUUAAGGAUUGCAGCGACCGCUUUCUGGGCCACGCACAAUCUGUUGAUACUAUGCUAAAGCUGGAUGAAGAAACUCUGAUUUCUGGUGCAUCAGAUGGUGUGAUCAGAUUAGUGGGUAUCUUACCUAACAGGAUAAUCCAGCCACUUGCUGAGCAUUCAGAAUAUCCAAUUGAGGCCCUUGCUCUUUCGAAUGAUAGGAAAUAUCUUGGCAGCAUCUCACAUGAUAAAAUGCUGAAGCUGUGGGACUUGCAAGAACUCUUGAAUGGUCCACAGCUAGUCCACGGUGAUGAGUCGGUUGAACCUGGUAGUGAUGAUAGUGACGAUAAUGAGAUGGAUGUAGAUAUGGAGCCACGCUCUUCGAAAGGAUCAAGGAGUAAAAAAACAGGGAAAGGUCAGAGUUCAGGUAGACCCUCAGCAGACUUCUUCGCAGAUUUGUAGCUGCUAUUGCCCAAAUCAGAAGUUCGCUCAGGGCAAGUCGUUUUUCUUAUCCAACAAAAGUGCCAGAGAGAGUUGGAUUGCCAAUGCAGUUUUGAUAUCUUCCGGUGCAAGGCGUGUCUAAUCAAAUGUUGUCUCCUAAGGAUAUUGGUUGGUACUAGAUGUAUUAUUAGGCUGUGCUAUUUGUUUCCAGGAAACAGUGAACACCCAUUGUGGUUAUCCUCAUUACACAUGUGAUGAUCGUAAAGAAGAGCCUUGUCUCUGAA